GACAUGUGACACUUUAUCCCACUUUUAAAUGAAAUUUUGGAUUCAAUAGUGUUAAACUGUUUUGCAAAUAAAAUGUUUCACAUUCCUGAUCAUUAUCAUGAUUUAUCGUUGAAAUUAUCGGAAGUUCUUGAUGAUAUCGGAGUAAAUGAAACAAUGAUUAUGAAAUGGAGAAAGUCACUGCUACUGUCUGAAACAAUGGAAACUAUAGCAUACAACAGUGUUUUAAGGAAGUCAAAAUACAUGUUUGGAAGUCUCUCAGAGGGAACAACAACAGUAGGAAUCCAUUCUGACUCGGAUUCUUUAUGUAGUGAUAAUGAUUGGAAUGUCAUACAAGACUAUACUGAGUGGCAACCUGGCUUAACAAAUCUACUGAUGAUUCAAAAUGAGAAUACAUCUCCGGGCUAUUGUUUUCUUCAAGUGCUCAGAAAUGAUGUACCUGUGCCUUAUACACGUGUCGAAAAUGAACACUGUGUUAAAGUUUCUAGCGACACAGUAUUGGUAAAAAAUACUGUGACACAUGUACCUGACUCAUUUAAACAUGGUCCAGCCUGGGUAAAACAAGGGGCAGGCGUUGUCAGAGAUUCAGACCUUGUUCUAGCCUACCAUUGUAAAUCUUGGCCAAAAGAAGCUAGACAAUGGUUACAUAGAGGUGAUUCGAAUGUCUGGCCAACAUCAGAAAUAAAGAGAUUUGCAGAGAAAAACGGGUGCUUUGUUGUUCCAGUCGCAAGUAAGCUCGGUCACAGCGAGACACUCGAGUGGAGAAUUUCCACUUCGUUAGCUGAACGAAGUUUGAUGUAUAGUUUAAAUAUCACACAAAUAAGAUGUUAUAUAUUGAUGAAAAUGAUACUUAAAACGUAUAUCAACUUACAAGGUGAAAGCCAUCUCUCAAGCUUCAUGUGUAAAACAGUUCUCCUGUAUUGUAUAGAAAAUACGGAACACAAUCUAUGGAAGAAUUUCAAUUUAUUGAAAUGUCUAUCAUACUGUUUACAUAGAUUGUACACUAGUUUAAUAGAUAGUAAUUGUCCACAUUUCAUUAUACCUGGAAACAAUCUGAUGGCAGGAAAACUUUCCAUUGUAGUCAAACGUAAACUGCUAGACAAACUAAGUGAUAUAUUGCAGAGUAAUGGACAUGCAUUGUUUGGGAUACGGCUGGAUGACCUUGGUACAAGACUCCAGACCAAACUGAACAUGUUACGUCAUCUUGCCCAGCCUUCUUAUGCUACACAUUAUGAAAUAUUAGUAAAAAAUGUGUCUUCUCAAAUACUGCUUACACCUCAAAAUAUCAAUCAAAUGCAUAAUAUUGUUUUGAUGAAGUCUUUGAAUAACUCACCAGCAACAAUACGGCAGAUUUUACUCCGAUAUCUUCAAAAUUAUACAGCAGUCUACAGAGAGGGCAAUACAUUAGAACAAUUAGCAGUUAGCGUUCUGGUACCUUCCAUAUGUUCAUGUUUGGGAACCAUUAUAGCAUCUUUAGAUCUUCAAUCAAACAAUGGAGUAUCAUCUGAAGCAUUUGACUGGUUAUAUUGCGGUGUAAAUUCUGAUGUUUCUGCAGGAAGUCUGAAAUUAGCAUCUGUUUUUUAUUGUAUGGGAGAUAUGGUAAGAACAGAAAUUAUUCUACGAGAAACUACAAGAAAGUACGACUUUUAUGAUGUUCAACCAUCUUGCGGCUGUUACACUUCUCUUUCUUGUGAAGUUAAAAGAGAGUUUUUAGAAGUUACAUAUUUUAAAGAUAUAGCAAGUGGUGUUAGAGAAAAUACAGCAUUUUGUGUCAAGUUUACACCUGCUGAAAUAAACUGCAUUCCUCGUGAACUACAAUAUGAAAUGUUCAGAUCAACUAGGGAAGACUUGUUACAAAGAAAGAAGAGUGAAGACUAUUGGAUGGAUUGGGCAGUAGUAGAUUCUUCCCCUUACCUCUAUUUUCUGAAAUACAAGACUUAUGGCCGACUACAGAGACAUGCCGAUCAACAAGAAGCACUAAAUAACCUUAUGAGAAUCAUAGAGACAGAAAGUGCGGUCCUUGUGCACAAAGAAACAGCACUGAAUCUAUUGGGGCAGUGCAUGGAAAUGGAAAAUAGAAUUCAAGAUGCCCUGCUUUGCUACUCUAGCUCACUUAAAGUCAGGAAGAGAAAUAAUGUAGCAAAUAUUCAUUUAUGUAGAUUGUCUGCAAAAAUUGUGAACCGUGUUGGACAAUAAGUAUACAUGUAGUAUAUAGAUGAUAUUGAAUGAGUGUAAGUUCAAUACUGAAUGAAACGAUACUGAAUUUAUUGCGGGAGUUGAAUAAAAUCAUAUUAUGCGAGCCUCUGGCGAGCACAAUAUUAUUUUAUUCAACAAGUUCAGUAAAUUCAGUAAUGAACUUUAAACGAAUUCAAUAUUCUAUUUAUCACAUACCCAAAAUAAAGGCCGUUUAAAGUGAAAAAGAGUCAUUUUUCAUUGAUGGGCCUAUAGUAUAACGCUAACAUCAAGCGCUUGUCUACACUUUGUUUGCAUAACGCAAAUGACGUCAGUUAAAAUAUAUGCAUGUCCGUGCAGUACCGUUUUUACUGAGCCGCAAAAUCGAGACUGGUAUGUGAUAAAAUGCAUUCUUAUUUGUGAACACAUUCUAAAAUGCCUUGUUUUGAUCACUCUUCUUGCCAAUAUCAGAAAUACAAAUACUAGUAGUGUGAAGAGGUGAUCGCUCGAGAAAAAUACAACCAACUCUGUUUGAUUGAGUUCAUGGUAGGGAAUGAAAACUGCAAUAUCUCUAACACCCUCUAGCACCAUCUUUUUCUGUAAAAAUACUUUCAGUUUCAGAAUUGCCAAUAUAGUAUCAAUGAUUCAAAUGGACCAGAAAAAAAAUUUGGCAGCUGUUACAUAAUACUUAAUACCUUUUGUUCUGCGUAAAAAAGUACAGUGCAAUCUUCCCUAACGUUCACCUCUCAUCAACAGUCAUCUCUCUACAACAGCCAGUUCCAAUAAUAAUGUGAAAUUAUUGAUCAUCCAAAUAGCAAAGUCUAAACAAAGUAGUAUUUUGACUUCCAUACAAAAUACUUAAUCAUUAUAACUAUACUAUAAUGCAAUCAAGAAACUGAAGGAAAAUAUGGUUGAGAUAAUUGGCUAAUGAAUAUCGUUUUUGAAACUAUAACAUGGUACGAAAAAUAAAAAGUUUUUUUUUAAAAAAGAAAUUAAUGUAUUUUAAGGACAUAAUAGGCCUUUAAGGUAAGUAAAAUACGUGAAUUUAAUGAUGAUAAUAUAUUGUAAACAGUUUUCCUUUAUAUUUUCUUUCGAUCCGUAAUUAUUGUGUGCGUGCGUGCGAGCGCGCGCGCGUGUGUGUGUGUGUGUGCGUGGUUUUAUUCAUGCUCGGACUUAACCAUAUGCCCGAGAUUAUCAGCGUCCAUGCCGUUCCACUUAACUGUAGAAGUCGAAGUCCUUGACCUAUUCUUCGUUGGUUGGUGGUGGUUGGAGAUACGACAAGACUGCCAAUUUGACAGGGAUCUGUAGAAGAAAUUUAUUGAAUCGGAGGACUUAUAUUAAAUAU